UGUUCAAUGACAUGAUGAACUGAGACGAAAGGGAUAGCUUGGUAAACAGGGACGAUGCCUACUGUCCAAGGUUAGCAUGCCUGGGUAGGGCUGGUGUGACACUAUCAGCGACACAUUACAGUCAGUUAACGGUAUCCUGACGGCAGGUCUACAAUAAAACGGAAAGGGAAAACUGUCGACAGUCAUGAAUAACAUUAACGGACGAAUGGUUUUAAUUGUGCUGGCAUUUUUAAGCUUGGAUAUUGGUAUAAGCUUAGGCAAUGGUACCAACAAUACAGAGGAAGCUGAUCAUCAUGACGAUCACGUGACUUUGUGGCACGGACCUUCGACGGUGAUAAUAAAGGACACCAAAAGGCCAUACCCAGCAUUCCUCGACCAGGACGUCACUAUUUUAUCCGUUGACAGUUUACCCGAUGCUGCCUCAAUGCCGACCAUUGGUAACGGUUACCUAGCAACACUUGUACAUAGCGACACCAUGUAUAUGAAUGGUGUGUACAAUGGCCCAAACGGCACGAGUCAUAGAGCUAGACUACGGUCAACAUCCUCCAUCAACAUAACGGAUUUCUCCUUCCCGGUAACUGGCCGGAAAUACUCACUUGACGUCGGCAGAGGUAUGUACAUUGAGGAGUAUACGUCCGAUGACGUCAGAGUAGAAAUGAACAUGUACGCCCACCAGUUGUUGAACCGUCUGUUGGUAACCGAGAUCUCUGUGGUCAAUAAUGGUCAUCUUUCUGUACAUAUGAACCUGUCACAGAACAUCGGCCUCCCCAGUGAAGAUCUUUCCUUCCAAACAGCCGACAGAGAGGUUAUAAGCCAAUUCCGGAAGGACUAUGGCAACACAAACGAAGCUGAGUUUGAUACAGCCGGGACGAUACCUCUCGUGUCUUUAUCUACGUGGGUACCUGAUACUAUUACAGUGGAGGCCGGGGGAAACGUCAGAUAUUUAUUUCAGACCUGUGUACAACCGUACGAAAACGGAGAGUAUUUUAUGAAGGGUAUUGAUUAUUUCUUCAAUGGUACAUUGAGGAGCUCCCACGAGCAGAAAUGGGAAGAGAUCUGGCGUAAAGGCCGGAUAGACAUGGAUGGUGACGUAAACAUUAGUAGAAUCAACUACGCAGCCUUGUACUAUCUUCUCAGUGAGGUUCCUCGAGACGAGAGUUACGGCCCUUUCUUAGGAAUCUCACCAGGGGGAUUAGCGCACGGUGCUUUACAUAAGGACUACCAAGGACAUAUCUUCUGGGACCAAGAAACAUGGAUGUUCCCUCCGAUACUAGCUUUGCACAGCGAUAAGGGAAAGAAAGUGCUCGAAACACGAAUAAAGAAACAUGCGUCAGCUAAACAAAUUGCAAAACUGAGGGGUUAUGAAGGCGCAAUGUACCCUUGGGAAAGCGCAUAUACUGGUCUCGAAGUCUGUCCCCUGGCACAAUAUUCGGAUUAUGAACAACACAUCACUGGCGAUAUAGCGCUUGCUUUCAAGCAAUACGUAAUGAUGACGCGAGACAAGCAUUUCCUCGACAGUGAGGGUGCAGCUGACGUCAUCACAGAUAUAGCCUCGUUCUGGAUGUCGCGAAUGACUUAUAAUCAGGAUGAGGAUCGCUAUGAAAUCAACGACGUAAUGCCCCCAGAUGAGUACCACUACCCCGUCAACAACUCUGUCUACACAAACAGUGUGGCGAAGAUCAGUCUGCUCCUACCCAAGUACGCCCUUCCGCUGAUAAACAGGAAGCCAGACCCACGGUUCGAAGAUAUUGCAAAUAAAACGUUUAUACCCUUUAACGACACUGGUAAAUGGCACCCAGAGUAUGAUGGGUACACACAAGAUGAAACUGUCAAGCAAGCAGAUGUAGUACUUCUGGGAUUCCCUUUGAUGGUCGAUUUGUCAGAAGAAAUUAGGAAAAACGAUUUGGAAAUUUACGAAAAGGUUACACCAGGAGGACCCGCCAUGACUUGGGGAAUGUUUGCAAUAGGCUGGCUCGAAUUGAAUGAAAUAGCUAAAGCAGAAAGGCUGUUUAAAAAGCAAUUUAUUAACGUUGUUCCACCGUUUAAUAUCUGGUCAGAGGUCGAAAAUGGCGGAGGAGCCAGGAAUUUCCUCACCGGUAUCGGCGGGUACCUUCAGUCCCUCAUUUUCGGCUAUGGCGGAUUUAGAAUCUUUGAAGACAGGCUUCAGUUUGAUCCCACUCUGCCACCAGACAUCUCUACGUUCAAUUUGACUGGGAUUGACUACCUUGACGGGUCGUUCGAUUUCCAUUUUGCGGAAACUCACAUGUCUGUUAAACAAACUAAAGUUGCCAUGGGUGCUAUGAACUUGACAGUGACCUCAAGCGGCCAGACUGAGACGCUGGACGUCGGUGUGUGGGUUCAAUACCCUAGAGAUAAAGCAUACUUGGUGCUUGGCUGAUCGACAAAGUCUGAUCGAACAAUAUUAUUGUAUUAUUAUUCCUUUGCCGUAAUAAAUAUU